AGGUGUAAAUGAUUAAAUGAUUUGGACAUUUGGACUUGCAUUUUGAUUUUUGUUCGGAGAGAGAAUACAAAGAAACCUGAAACGAUUUGAGAAAUGGCCUUCGAAUUGGAUGAAAACUUAAAACAGGCUUUUAUAAAACAUCGCAGAGGAGAGUACGAUCAAAAGUUAGACGACCGUCUCAAACAAGAAGGGAGGAAAAUCCUCCAGGAAAAUGAUCCAAAGAACAAGUCAAAAUUCGUUGUGAACAUACACAUGGUAUUUUGGAUGGUCGCAUCAAUGGCUGUAUUUUAUUACACAGAUUUUUACAUGGCCAUUAAAAUUGAUCCUAGAGUGUAUAGAUUAUGGCUGUACAUUGGAUGUUUUUUUCUACUGGUGAAUUUCCUUCUAGCAUUUUAUCUCAUCUUUUGGUGCUCAUACUUUAAAGGUAUUGACAACUGGGAGAGUCAUGCACCAUUUGCAAUACCCAUAGCUACGGGAGCAUUCAUAGCUGGGAUGAUUUGCUGUGCAUACGCGUUAUGGCCGGUUUGGGGCAUCUUCACGCCAUUUAUAUUGUUCACGUUAUUUAUGGGAAUAGUAUUUUUGUUGACAUUGGUGCCUGUCUGACAGAAGAUACUCGUAUCAUGUAUGAUUUUAAAAAGUAUUAAUCUUCUUCAAUGAACACAGUAAAAAGCAACUGAUAUGAAAUUUGAAGGCACAAAAGCCUUUGCAGAACCUGAUUGUUAAUGGGUUACAUCUCCACUGAUGGAUUGUUGAUGGUAACUUUACAGAUGGUUGGUUGGCUACAGUUUUGCCAAUGGUUAAUUCACUAGCCCACUAGACAAAUUACAUAGAUUUGAAACUUGGAAACAAAAACAAAAGUACGAAAAUAUAUCGAUAAAUGUACUGGAUAACUAACAAAAAUCGCUGUUCUCACGACUAUAAAUAUCCAAAUGAAUAUAAAUAUUAACAAAAUUAUCGUACAAUCUGAACAAGCAACUAAAACUCGAAACCGAAGCAAUCGGAUCGUGUGAACGGGCUUUUAUACUGUAAAAUAUAUGGACUUUCCUUUAAAUUAAAAAGUCCGUGACUUUUA